AUGACACAACCCCCACAAUGCUCUACGUGUUCUGUACGCAGAUCUAACCGGUCUUGUUUGCAUUUCUUGGUGGAGUUUUUUUGUUGGAAAUUAGUAACUUUGUGAACUAUGGAUCCUGCUGCUGAUGGUGACUGGCGUACUCAGGCUUUCCGUCAGAAACUGGUUAACCAGAUUGAGGAAGCCAUGAGGAGAGCUGGUGUUGCCCAUUCCAAGUCCAGCAAGGAGAUGGAAUCCCACGUAUUUAUGAAGGCCAAAAGUCGGGACGAGUAUUUGUCACUGGUGGCACGACUCAUUCUGCACUUUCGAGACGUUCACCGAAGGGCCCAGGCUGGAGCAGGAGCAAUACCUGGUGGUGAUCCAUUGAAUGCCUUGCAGCCCACUACAAGCAUCCCUCCAGGUGGGGCGGGUAGUAUAGCGGGAAUGGUCUCCCGACUGCCCGGACCCUCGUUGCCUGGAAUGACUGGCCUCGGACUGAUGGGCCAGCAGAUGACUCUUCUGGGACAGCAGCAGACGGGAGCAGCGGUGAUGGCUCCUCAUGCAGUACAGCAAGCAGCACAGCAAGUAGCGCAGCAGCAGCAACCGCAGCAGCAGCCACAGGUGACCCAGCCGCAACAGCAGCAGUUCCAGGCACAGGUGCAGGCUCAGCAAGCACAGCAGCUGCAGGCCGUCACAGCAGUGCAGCAGCAACAGCGCAAACUGCAGCAACAACAGAGCCAGACGGGUCAGAUGAUACAGCAAGGAUUACAACCUCAGCAGCAGCAGCAAGGAUUGCAGCCACAGCAACAGCAGCAGCAGUUUCAGAGAAUCGCUCAGAUUCAUCUGCAGCAGCAACUGCAGCAACAGCAGCAGCAGCUCCAACAGCAGCAGCAACAACAGCAGCUGCAUCAACUGCAGCAGCAACAGCAGCAUCAACUGCAGCAGCAACAGCAGCAGCUGCAGCAGCAGCAACAACAACAGGGACCUUCCCUACAGCAGCAACUUCAGCAGCUUCAGCAGCAGUCAGUGGCUGUGUCCCAAGUGCAGCAGGCUCAGCUCCCGUCACAGGCCAUGGUGUCCCAGGCUCAGUCAGUUCCUGUCACCCAGCAUCAGAUACACCAAGCCAUGUUGCGUGCUCAUAUCGUGCAGCAAGCAGCAGCAGCACAGCAGGCAGCCCAGGCUCCAACGGUCCAGAUGGGAGCUGCUGGUGGACAGGGUACCCAGGCCAAUGUUUCCAUGAUGUCUUCACCCUCACCGAUACAACAAGCUCAGACACCACAGUCCAUGCCUCCGCCUCCACAGCCGCAGCCGUCACCACAGCCAUCAUCUCAGCCUGGCUCCAAUGUCAGUUCUGGACCUACACCAUCUCCCAGUGGUGGUUUCCUACCAAGUCCUUCUCAGCAGUCCCAGAGUCCGGCAACUGCUCGUACGCCACAGAACUUCAGUGUACCUUCGCCUGGACCUUUGAACACUCCAGCUACAUUAGUUAAUACACUAACAUGGAAAGUGGAUGACCUGGCUGCUAUGGUUAGCAGCACUGGAACUAGGAAUGUUGGAAGUAAGAGCUCUGAUGUAGUCCCAAAUGGGAACACAGAGAACAUACAUACUCCACCUCAUUUAAGCAACGUGAAUGAUAACAGCAAUGUGAAUAAUAUCCAAAACUUGAAUAGCUUGCAUAUAAAUUCUAAUAGAAGCACUCGUGUUAUGAAUAUUAAUGAUAACACUGGUGGAAUUAAUGCUAAUGUUAACCAAGGGUUUUCUACGCUUAAAGAUUGGUUACAACAACCCUUGGAUCUGUAA